AUGAACAAGCUCGAGAAAGUAGCUCUCCGGUGUGCCCGCGUACGCGGGAAACCUCUGGUCUUGAUAAUCAACAAUGUUCAUUUCUUCCAAAACAACGACGACGGCAAGCAUAUGCUUCUUCAGCUCCAACAGAAGGCCGAGGCCUGGGCUGCCAGCGGCAUCCUAACUAUGGUUUUCAGCUCAGAUGAUUUCUGGCCGUUCCAUGUCAUGCGCCAGAGCGCCAGCCGUAUGCACGUCAUCUCAAUUUAUGACCUCGAUCCUCGUGAAUCAGCACGCGCCAGCAGGAGGAUACGGCGCAGUGCAGGACGACCUGCUGCCGAACCUGAAGCAGCCAAUGAAGCACUUUCGCUCAUUGGUGGUCGGCUGUCGUAUCUCAACAAGGUUUCAAAAGCGAAAGAUGUGGUACAAAUGGCAAAGCAUUUGCUCCAGGUCGAGACAGGGUGGUUACUGAGCCAGAUCGGUCUUAUUCCGGACUGCGACGACGACGUCAUGGAUGAGGUGCAACGCUUCCUGCAAUACUGA